GUCUCGCGAUAUUACCUCUGGACUGGAGACAUGGUCAUGGCGGAGCUAACCGCAGUCCUGAGGAGGAACCGACCGGGGACCAAAGCCACGGACUUCUACAACUGGCCGGAGGAGUCCUUUGAAGACAUGGACAGCACCCUGGCUGUGCAGCAGUACAUACAGCAGAACAUCCGGUCGGACUGUGCCAACAUCGACAAGAUCCUGGAGCCGCCGGAGGGCCAGGACGAGGGGGUGUGGAAGUACGAACACCUCAGGCAGUUCUGCUUGGAGCUUAAUGGACUGGCGGUCAAACUACAGGGGGAGUGCCACCCAGACACGUGCACCCAGAUGACCGCCACGGAGCAGUGGAUCUUCCUCUGCGCGGCGCACAAGACCCCCAAAGAGUGCCCAGCCAUCGACUACACCAGACAUACUCUGGACGGCGCAGCCUGCCUCCUGAACAGCAACAAGUACUUCCCUAGCAGGGUGAGCAUCAAGGAGUCUUCAGUGGCCAAGCUGGGCUCCGUGUGUCGGAGAAUCUACCGGAUAUUCUCCCACGCUUACUUCCACCACCGGGAGAUCUUCGACGCCUACGAGAACGAGACUUUCCUGUGCCACCGCUUCACGCGCUUCGUCAUGAAGUACAACCUGAUGUCCAAGGACAACCUCAUCGUGCCCAUCAUGGAGGAGGAGUCCCAGGCCAACGAGGAAGAGGAGGAGGAGGAGGAGGAGGAGGGGGGGGGGGCCGCGCAGGAAGACCCCGUCGCCGCCGCCGAUGACUGAGACAUCGUCGCCCACGACGACGACACUUCGCCGACACGCACUUGUAUCUGAAACCUCGAAAUCGUCGGGGAACGGCGGUUUCGGCGUGGUAACUCAUGGGUUCUGUUCAUAUCAGGUUGUGGUGUUUACGUCGCCCUUGGAGAUUACCGUGGGAAUGCCAAAAUGAUUGACCAUCGGGAGAAACGUCGGCCAAAACUAAAUGACAAUCCUUACGUUGGCACCGACACUACCCUAAACGUUAAAGUUGUUUUGCAACAAACCUUUUGUGCCAGGUCAUCCUCCGAUGUAAACAAAAUACAUCUUGGGUAUGAAAGGAUGACGCUGUUACCGGGAGUUUAUUGGAGUGAAUAAAUAUGAGUUAGGUUUUUCGGCAAAGGUUGAAAAAACAUUGAUAAAUAAAUAAAUUAGCAGUUGAAAUGGCCCACUCAAUUAGAAUAUCCAGAUAAAUUUAUUGAUAAUCAGGAAAAUAUUUUCGGGUAAUCUGGGUGAAACUGGUGUACAUUUGUUCUGUCUGUGUGGAACCCGUUAAUAAGCAUGAUGUAUGGAGUAGUUAUUUCUAUCUGGGGGUACACUGUUGGUGCGUUGCGGUUCUUAAUAACUUUAUUUUUCUUCGGUUUCAUUUCGCAUUUGUCGGGUCAAAUGGAUUUCUGCAUACUUUUAUCUUUCAUUUGUGUCGAGUUCGGUAUUUAAAACCGAUCUAUUUUGUAACACAAACGGUAUUUGGGUGUGUAGGAUGACGCUAGUACCAAGCUAGCUCGACUGUCAGCUAGCAGAGUGUAAAUAGGCUACUUUUAAACCGGCUAAUCAAUAGCAGCGCCAUGCUAACUUAUUGUGCUAGGAUUCGUGUAACAGUCCGGAAGCGGCCUUAGGUUUUUAAUAACACAAACAUCUCAUCAAAGGUAUCUUGAUUAGGUGUGAUGAAUAAAUGUACCCGAAAUGACACAGAACUAUAUAUUUGAUGUUAUCGUCAUCCCUGGUGGAUCUGCAUUCACGUUUUUUCUUAUUAAAAAAUAUAUACUGUUUAACGUACGUCUUGUUCAGUCGUGUCUGAAACGUAAGUAGGUAUUUUAGUGCCAGGACGCAGCCAACAUUUCAGAAGUGAGGGGGACAAAUUGUUCAGAGGUCUAUUGAGUGAUUUAUCAUCCUUUCACAUUCAGUUGCACCUUUCCUCUCCUAACCACAAUCAGCAUAGCACCAGGGGACCAACUUUAGUUCUUUAAAAUGAUAUCCUACCAAAAUCUGAAGCUUCAAAACUGGUUGAGUUGACAGAGAAUGACCCUCAUUCUCUGUCAACAGCAUCUACAGGGUAAGUAGCCAGAUAAUUAAGAUAAUUACACUGAACAUGAAAAGUUCUGUAAAACACCAUUCCUGUUUCAAAUUAUCAGCACCAAAAUGGAAUGGAAGUGACAAGGUAACAUAAUUUAAUUUAAUGGCAAGAAGUGACAAUUGAAAGUGAAAACAAUAAGCAUAUCGACAUGAAGAUGUAGCUAUUUUACAUUUGCUGUCAACUAUGACAGCACAGAUGUGCAAAAUGAAUCAAGACUAAGAUAAAUGGUAUGACCUAUACCUGCUGCCUUUAAAACACAAAUAAUGCAGUCGUCAAAUAUCUGCAAAUAAAUAAAGAAAAUAUCUCUUUGAAAUUAAAUAUAAACUAUAUACUUUAAACAUCCAGGUCAGUAUUUCCCUUUUGAACUAAGGGUAUCAAAGGCUACAGGCUCUCCUGAAUAAUUUCAACAUUAUCAGUUUACAAUCUACAGUCAAACAUUGGUAUUCU